AUUAAAUAGCUUUUUUUCAGCAAUGGUUAUCAUCAUCAAUAAAAUAUCUAGCGUCGGUGGUCAAACCGGUGUCCGGUUUAAAUGCGUGUGGCGCAAAAAGGCUAUGGUUCGAAUCCCACCCCGGCCAUGUACUAAUGACUAUUUUCGAAGUUAUAUGGCGAAAAUAACAGACCUCAUCAAUAACAGCAACCAGUUUUCAUUUUCCUUUGAAGUGACUCCUGAGUUGUCAGAAGGCGAUGUGGACAAUCUCGAAAUUGAGCCUUUAUUUUAUUCAGUGACUUGGCAUGCGAAGGGGCACCAGAAUAAAGACCUUGAUAUCGGUCCCCUGCGAAUGGCCAGAAAGUUAAGCAAGAAGGGAAAGACUGUUCUAUUGCAUAUGUCGUGUGAUAUGCUCAGGAAGGAGUUUUUAGAUAAAGUGUUAAUGAUGCUACAAGAACAAGGCAUUCGAAAUUUAUUUCUCAUUUUGGGUGAAAAAUACAAUCCUUCCGCAUCGGAUUUCCCAUCCACAAUGGAGCUAAUAAAAUAUAUAAAAGAACACACUGGAGAUUGGUUUUGCAUAGCAGUCGCCGGCGAUCUCGACUGCAGCGAGGAAAAACUUCAGGAUUUGAAGAAAAAAACGGAUGCGGGGGCAAACUUUAUCAUCACUCAAGCGUUCUUCGAACCAACUCUUUACAAAACCUUUCGUAAAAGGUGUACAACGAUCGGAAUUAAUGUACCUAUAAUGCCUGGUAUUUUUUAUUUUGAAACAACUAAACAGUUGUCCAAUUUCGUAAAUCUUUGCAAAAUUAAGCUGUCCGAUGAACUAAUCCGUAAAGUGGAGAAUGACCCACAACAAGAAGAUUUUGGUGUCCGUUUAAUAAAAGAUUUAAUCGAUGAUCUGAACGGCGAGUUUCCUCAUCAUUUUCACUUUUUUACUUUGAAUAAGUUAGAACGUGUUCAAAGUUUUAUUGUACAGAAUUUUGUAAAAUAAAUAUAAUUAUAACA